AUGCUACGAAUGUGGCGUAGGUCUUCCACCUCAGACUAUGAGACGGAGAAGCUAAGAAAAACUCCCCCGUCGCGUUCCAUUCCGAGAGGCCUCAAAUGGCGGUCUUCGAGACCAUUCAUCGUCGGCGUUAUUUCUUUUGCCAUUUUUACAAUUGUUCCUGUUGCUCCGACGGCUUUGGAGGAGCGGGUAGGGUUGCCAGCAAAGGAUCGCCAACGAUGGACUUCUAUUCUACUGUCUCUUUACGGAGCCUGCCUGUUGGCCGCAUCGCAUAUACGGCUAAUUACCAAAUCAGCAAUCUUCGGAUACCUCGCAGACAAGAUGGACUCCCGAAAAUGGCCGCUGAUAUUUGGCCUCGUCGCGUUGGCAGCGUCGACUUCUCUCCUCUGCGUCGGUACAACCCUGGCCCUUUGGAUCACUGGCCGAAUAUUUCAAGGCAUAUCGGCGGCGAUGGUCUGGACGGUGGGAAUGGCUCUGCUGGUAGAUACCUUCGGAGAUCAUGAGGUAGGAUCGGCAAUGGGUUUUGUCGGAAUGUCCUUCAGCACAGGGAUCAUGUUGGGCCCUCUGCUCGGAGGUAUCAUAUAUCAAAACGCCGGCUACUACGCAGUAUUUGCUGUCACAUUCGCUAUGAUAGGAGUGGAUAUUGUUCUCCGCGUCGUCAUGAUCGAAGCGAAAGACGCACGUAAAUGGCUGGGGGAGUCAGCCUCCGAGUCUACGACUUCUGAUGUUUCUCUCGAUCGUACCCACGAUGUUCUAUUAUCAGACUUAGCGAAAGAGACUCUAGCUCCUCACAGUCAGAGAACAUGUCACCCGAGGAUUCUCGUAUCUCCCCUUCCCCCCAAGCGUCGCCUACCAUCGUCAUUUAUCCUUCUCAAGUCUCCCCGGAUGCUACUCGCCCUUUACGCUUACUUUGUCAUUUCGAUCCUCAUGGACUCGUUCGACAGUGUCCUGCCUAUCUUUGUGCAAGACACGUUCGGCUGGGGGCAGACAGGACAGGGACUCGUUUUUAUUGCUCUCUGUCUACCACAUUUUCUGGAACCUAUCUGGGGGAGAUUUGGGGACCGUCAUCAACAUGCUUGGAGACUUCUCGCCGCCGGUGCCUUCUUUCUUAACGUCCCACUUUUAGUACUUCUUCGCCUGGUUUCAGCCAACACAAUAGGCCUCAAAGUCUUGCUCUGUGUAUUGUUGGCAUUUAUUGGCGUUUCUUUCUCUAUGGCGACUCCAGCCGUCAUGACGGAGGUUUCCCUUGUCAUGAAUGACAUCAAGGCAAAGUCUCCCGACGCCUUUGGAAAGAACGGCGCGGUAGCUCAGGCUUAUGGUUUGAUGAACUGCGCAUUUGCAUUGGGAGAACUGAUUGGGCCAGUCUGGGCGGGGUUUAUACGUGAAGAUCACGGGUGGGGCACCAUGUCAUGGACGCUGGGAUUGCUGAGUGGAGUGACGGCUAUCCCGGUUUCCCUAGGGCUUGGAGGAUGGAUUGGAAAUCUAAGAAAGGUAAAGAGAGAAGGACCCGACACUGGGGACCAGUCUAGUGUUUGA